AGAUCCUGCAAUUCCACCCAUCAAAUGAUGGAGCAGCGUUUCUCUUCGCUGAUGAACUGAAGCAGACCCUCGAGAAGUACAUGUUCGGCAUCUGCCCGCAGACGUUCAAGAUGCAGUUGAGGAGUAAGAACACAAACAUGACUGCACCUACGUGUGACCUGGAUACUGAGCAACAGGAAUUAGCUGGCAGGUUUGCAACACUUGCGCUCCGUGCACACUCGGCGGCCCGCGCGGACUGCACGCGGUUGGGCGCGGCACUUGCCAACACGCUAGGGGAGCUUGCGCGCACCGCGGCAAAUAGAAGAUCUGUUAGUAACGCAACCGCAAACGACGCCAACAAGAAACGCAAGCUAUCGAAAAGCCAAAAGGCGAAGAUACAGGCCAAACAGAAGACUGCUUUAGCUGUUAAGAAGAAGGCCGCAGCUUUGGCUGCUGCCGCUGCUGCUAAAGUUUCUGCUUCCUAAACCACCUGUCCAGCGCCGGGGCUAGUCGAUAUAGCGCCCUGGUGCAAUAACCUGGCGCUCUCUAUUAGGCACGCGAUCAAAAUUGGAUACUAAGAGCGUUUGUAGACUACGUCCGAUUCGUAUCAGGCGUCUUUUUAUUUGGUCAAGUAUUGCUUAUUUGGCAGCAAUUGUUUUGGACGGUUGUCGGACGGACAUCGAGAUUAGACCCCCAGCUCCGGAUCCGAGAAAUGACCCUCCGAAAUGUCACAAGGAUCAUUUAUUGUACAAAUUUUCCCCAGUGUUCUGCAAUUCGGGUGCAAAGGUGCAAAUAUGAUGUUGGGACGCAAUAGACCGUAGAUUUUGCUGGCUUUUUGGAGGCGUAUCUUCUACAAGGCGACAUUUCUUUAGCAAAACUGAAAAAGAAUAUGCAGCAAGCGACGUCGGGCGACUUUUACAAAAUGCUAUAUUAGUACAUUGUGUAGUUAAGGACGGUAAAUAAGGAAUAACGAACGGAUGGCU